GUAAUUUUAUGUAAAUAAUAAAACAAAAAUAUAAAAUUAAACAAAAAUAUGAAAUAAAAAAGUGGUGGGGUAGGGUGUUGAAUGAAAACCAUUGAAGUGGGUAAUUGUUGAGAGUUUGUUGAAUUGGAGAGAGAAGAGGAUGUAGAGUGUUGGGAAGAGAAAAAGUGGUGUUGAGAGGGAGUAAAUUGUUGAAACCAUUGUACAUGGUCUAAGAUUCCGAAAUAAUUCGGAACUUGAAAAUCCGAAAAUAGGGGGUGUGAAAUCUAAUGGUUGGGGUGACAAAUCCAGCUAUCCAAAACUCGCGACGAUAAAGCCUCGGGCCUCGGCUCGCUGAAGCACUCAGGCAGGCAGCGAUCACUAAGAAUGGGGAACUGAACCUGUACUUCACUUUAAUUUAGGCCUCCAACUGAACCGUUGCUUCACUUUGAUUUAGGCCUUGGAGAGGCGUCGCUAGUUUGCAGGUUGCAAUUUGAAGAUUUGUGUGGUCUGGUGGUGUCUGUCUCUGAACUCUAGCACAAGAUGUCAGAAUCUGGACCUUUUAAGAAAUCUAUGCAGCCAACUAAAAGGUCGAAAAAGAAAAAGUGUGCACAAGCUGCAUUGCACACUUCCCAUUUGUCACAAACUCAUACACCAUUGAUAGUUCCAUCUGAUUCCUUCCAAGCUAAUACCAACCAAUCACAUACUAUACGACCUGGCCCUAUUCAAUUUCAGACUCUGGGUCCUCGAACUCAAAUCCAACCUGCUCAACCCCAACCUCAACCUACACAUACUCAAUCUCAAUCUCAACCUCAACCCAUCCUGACGCAAAUCCCUAGUGUGCAAGAACUUACAAUGAUUAUAUCAGAGGUUCUCCAAGCAUAUACCAAUAAAUCGCAAACUAUACAACCUGAACCUAUUCAGUCUCGAAGUCUACGAACUCGAACUAAACGUUCCCGACCUCAAGCCCAACCUCCUCAACCUCAACAUCAAAUCCAAUCUACUCAACCUCAACCUCAGCCUACUCAACCUCAAUCUACUCAACCUGAACAUACUCAACCUCAACCCAUCCCGACACAAAUCCCCAGUGUACAAGAUACAAUGGUCAACCAGAUUAUAUCAGAUGUUCUUCAAGCUUAUACCAACAAAUCACAAUCUAUUCAACUUGAACCUAUUCAGUCUCAAUCUCUACGUCGUCGAACUGCACAAUCCCGACUACAAGUCCAACCUACUCAGCCAAAACCUCAACCUCAACCCCAAAUCCAACCUACUCAACCUCAACCUCAGCCUUCUCAACCUCAACCUCAACAUACUGAACUCCAACCCAUCUUGACACAAAUUCCUCGGGUGCAAGAAUUUACUAUGGUCAACCAAAUGGCAUCUUCAACAAGUCUUGAUAGUGGAGGCAAUAAUGGAAAUAAAAUUAUGAUACUCCCAGAAGCGGAUGGGUUUGAUAAACACAAGUUGGUAAUUGGGACCAUUGCUUCAAUCAUACGUACUAACUUUUGGGAGGCUCAACCAUCAUGGAAAAAGUUUUCUAAAGACCAAAGGGAUAUGUGGUUUGAUAUAUUCAAAUCAAAGUUUACAUGGCCGUCUGAACAUGAUGACAUAGUGCGGCGUAACUUUGAGAAGAGGGGUGUCGCUAAAAUGAGUGAGUUGAUGCAAGAAGUUCGAAAAAAUUUAGAGAAGAAACCAAGUUGGAUCAAAGAGCAUUUGUGGACACAAUUGAAGGCAUACUGGGAGUCAUCUAGUUUCAAAGAAAAGUCUGAAAUAAAUAAAAGAAAUCGUGAGGCUAUGCCGGGUGCAUCUCUUCACACUGGUGGAUCAGUCUCCCAUCGUUUGCAUUGGAAGCGAAUGAAGGCAGAAAACGGGACAGAUCCAUCAUUUGCUGAUUUCUAUUUUCGCACUCAUCAAAAAAAGGAUCAUAGUUGGGUGGGUCUGCAUGCAAAAUCCACUUAUGAAAAAUUUGAACAGAGAAAGUCUGAGUUAUCUCUUCAGAGCUCAACAUCUGUUUUGGAAGAGAAUGAUGGAGGUAGUCACCAAUCAAUAGGUACGCCAUCUGACUUGGAUCUAUGGGUGAACACUGUUGGUGGAAAGAAGAAAGGGAGGAUUUUUGGUCUUGGAUCUGUAGGCAAGAUGCUAGUUACAUCACCAAGUCCAUCAAUAAAUGUUUUCAGUGAUCCAAAUGAGUUGGAUGCAAUGAAUAGUGAAGUUCAAGCUUUAAAUGACUCAUUGCAAAGACAGGAACGUGAGAAUAUAGAGAUAAGAAAGGAGCUAAGUGAGACUAAAACGCAGUUAGCAGCUCUGAUGCAACAGUUAGGAUUUGUUGGCUCUUCUGCUGUUCCAUUAUCAUCUUCUCAGCAUAGCAAUGGAGAUGAAGACAGUGAAGAUGAGGAUUAUGAUAGUGGUCAUAUUAAUUAGCACUGUAUUUGAUAUGACAGUGAGAUAUGAUUAUAUUUGCUGUGUAUUAAAAAUUCAACAUAUGAUUUUUAAUGCUAUUUAGUAUUUAGAUGUUUUACAAAAUCAUUGAUAUGCUUUUAUGGAA